CAGCACUUCUUGAGGACUAGUAGAUGACCUGCAGCUUUGGGAGGUCAAGAACAAAUCGGGUUCUUUUUAAAUCAGGGGACAGACUUCUUAUCGUCAAGCGGCUCCAAUGUAACUUCUGCCUUCCAGCCGUGAUCAUUUCAGCUGCAGGAGAGCAGCAGAUGGCCUCAGCACAUCCAUCUCAGGAGCCCGUGAGCUUUGCGGAGGUGGCCGUGUAUUUCAGCAGGGAGGAGUGGGCGCUGCUGGACCCUGCGCAGCGAGCGCUGUACCGGGACGUGAUGCUGGAGACGUACCAGUGCGUGGCCUCGCUGGCUCCACUUCCAGCUCCCAAACCCGUGCUGAUCUCCCUGCUUGAAGGAGGGGAAGAGCCCUGGAUCCCAGAUGUGCGUAGCCCUGAGGCCGUGCCAGGAGACCUCAGCCCAGCAGGAACUGGGAUUGCAGAUACGCUGGAGGACCUGGAGGAAAGUGGUGUGGCCAAAAGGCGGUGGGGUGGUGUCUGUGUGGAAGAAAUGAGAAGGGAUGUCCAAGGAGUCCUGGAGCAAGGUCAGGGUGAGCAGAUCAUGGAGCCACUGGGAAAGGGUCUGGGAAAGACAGGGAGGAGCCCGUUGGACUUCAACCUAGGUCAAAGAGUGCCUGAAGAACCCAGGAACAAGAAUGUGUGCCAGCAGAAAAAGCAGAAUGCAUGCACUGAGUGUGGAAAUAGCUUUGAAAAAGAUUCCAGCAUCGUUAACCACCAGUGCAUACACUCAUCAAUGACCGCAAACAAGUCCUCUGAUUGUGGGAAGAGCUUCAAGAGGUGUUCUGCAUUGAAGCUUCACAAGCACAGACACACAGGCCAGAGGCCAUUUCAGUGUCCUGAGUGUGGGAAGAGCUUCAGAUGCAGUUCUGAAUUGCAGCUGCACCAGCGCUUCGACACAGGGGAGAGACCCUACCAGUGCUCUGACUGUGGGAAGAGCUACACAAUCAGCUCUGGUUUAAAGAGGCACCAGCGCAUCCACACAGGUGAAAAAGCCUACAAGUGCUCUGAGUGUGGGAAGUGCUUCACAAUCAGUUCUGAUUUAAAGAGGCACCAGCGCAUCCACACAGGGGAGAGACCUUACAAAUGUCUUGAGUGUCAGAAGAGCUUCAGAAGCAGUUCUGAAUUGAACUUGCACCAUCGCAUCCACACAGUUGAAAAACCCUACACGUGCUUUGAGUGUGGGAAGGGCUUCAAGAGGUGUUUUGAAUUGAAGCUGCACAAGCGCAUACACACAGGAGAGAAACCAUUUCAGUGUCCCGAGUGUGGGAAGAGCUUCAAAAGCAGUUCUGAAUUGAAGCUGCACCAGCGCUUCCACAGAGGUGAAAAACCCUAUAAGUGCUUCGAGUGUGGGAAGAGCUUCGGAAGCCAUUCUAAUUUAAAGAGGCACCAGCGCACCCACACAGGGGAGAGACCUUACAGAUGUCCUGAGUAUGAGAAGAGCUUCAGAAGCAGUUCUUCGUUUAAGUUGCACCACCGCAUCCACACAGGUGAAAAACCCUACAAGUGCUCUGAGUGUGGGAAGAGCUUCAAAAGCAGUUCUGAAUUGAAGCUGCACAAGCGCAUACACACAGGAGAGAAACCAGCCUUUAAGUGCUCUGAGUGUGGGAAGAGCUUUACAAGCCAUUCUGGUUUAAUGAGGCACCGGCGCAUCCACACAGGGGAGAGACCUUACAAAUGUCCUGGGUGUGAGAAGCGGUUUAGAAGAAGUCGUUCUUUGAAGUUGCACCUCCGCAUCCACACAGGUGAAAAAACCUACAAGUGCUUUGACUGUGGGAAGAGCUUCACAAUGAGUUCUGAUUUAAAGAGGCACCAAUGCAUCCAUACAGGGGAGAGACCUUACAAAUGUCCUGAGUGUGAGAAGAGCUUCAGAAGCAGUUCUGAAUUGAAGUCGCACCACCGCAUCCACACAGGUGAAAAACCCUACAAGUGCUCUGAGUGUGGGAGGAGCUUCAAAAGCAGUUCCCACAUAACCUACCACCAGCGCUUUCACACAGGAGAGAGACCCUAUAAGUGUCCCGAGUGUGGGAAGAGCUUCAAAAGCGAUUCUGCAGUUACUCUGCACCAGCGCUUCCACACAGGGGAGAGACCCUACCAGUGCUCUGACUGUGGGAAGAGCUACACAAUCAGCUCUGGUUUAAAGAGGCACCAGCGCAUCCACACAGGUGAAAAAGCCUACAAGUGCUCUGAGUGUGGGAAGUGCUUCACAAUGAGUUCUGAUUUAAAGAGGCACCAGCGCAUCCACACCGGGGAGAGACCUUACAAAUGUCUUGAGUGUCAGAAGAGCUUCAGAAGCAGUUCUGAAUUGAAGUUGCACCAUCGCAUCCACACAGUUGAAAAACCCUACACGUGCUUUGAGUGUGGGAAGGGCUUCAAGAGGUGUUUUGAAUUGAAGCUGCACAAGCGCAUACACACAGGAGAGAAACCAUUUCAGUGUCCCGAGUGUGUGAAGAGCUUCAAAAGCAGUUCUGAAUUGAAGCUGCACCAGCGCUUCCACAGAGGUGAAAAACCCUAUAAGUGCCUCGAGUGUGGGAAGAGCUUCGGAAGCCGUUCUAAUUUAAAGAGGCACCAGCGCACCCACACAGGGGAGAGACCUUACAGAUGUCCCGAGUGUGAGAAGAGCUUCAGAAGCAGUUCUUCGUUUAAGUCGCACCACCGCAUCCACACAGGUGAAAAACCCUACAAGUGCUCUGAGUGUGGGAAGAGCUUCAAAAGCAAUUCUGAAUUGAAGCUGCACAAGCGCAUACACACAGGAGAGAAACCGUUUCAGUGUCCUGAGUGUGGGAAGAGCUUCAAAAGCAGUUCUGAACUGAAAUGCCACCAGAGCAUCCACACAGGAGAGAGACCUUUUCAGUGUCCUGAGUGCAAGAAGAGCUUUAAAAGAAGGUCUAAUCUCAACACCCACAAGCACAUCCACAGUGCAUGCAGGCUGUAGAAGAAUCACAACAUAUGGGGAGCCUUCAAAAGCAGUUUGAGCCUCAUUACCUGCCAGCACAGACACACAAGAUACAGAGCCUGCAGAGCUCCAAAGGUGAGAAGAGCUACAGUCAGAGCCACAGCAUGGUGACCACCUGUGGCUUUGUGUGGUGAUGAACCUUACAAAUCUCUUGAGUAGAGGAAGAGCUCUGCGGCCAAACUCAAUCCUCUUUCUCCUUCGUUGCAUGAGAAUUAUGCAUAUUGCUGUCCUCCAGCUGCAGUUGCUGUGUUGGGUGGCCAUGCAAAGGAAAAUCCGGAGUGGGAUGUGUCACAGCCAUGUAUGGGAAGAGCUUUUGCCAGGGGAUCCUCUCAGAGCAUUGACCCUAGAAAUGCCUGCACUGCAGGAAGAGCUCAUCCCGAGCUCAGUCGUCAUUAAACAUUGUCCAGUCCUUGUGAUAAAGAGGCCCUGCAAGUGUCUCUGGUGCAGGAAGUUUCUCUGGGCUGGCACUUCCUUUCUCAUGGUGGAAAACCCCUACAGAGAGACCUUAAGAAUUUUGGUGAGCCCAAGGAUGAGGGAUACCCAGAUGCUUUUCCCCACACAGGAGGUGUUUGCAAAGGAGAUGGCAUCACUGGCACCCUCUGCAGAAUGGAUUUCACCCAGGAGCUUCAGAUGGCCUCUCCUUGCUACCCAAAUCCUGCUUUCCUCUUCUCUCUUCCUGCCAGCAGCUUUUUGGUGCCGUUUACUUAGGAGAGGUGUCUGUGUGGGGAUGUUCUGUGUGUCUGUGUGCAUGUGUUGCUCUCAGUAAUCUGUGAGUGCGCUGAUGAAUAUGAGGGAAGGGUCAGGAGAGCAGUAACGUGGCUCUUGGAGAUUUUCUGAGAAUCAUCUGUAGA